AUGGGGGUGGAACAAGCGUAUGAGGGAUCCGGGUAUCCCCCGAUGAACCCAGCACUGGCAGCGCCUCUGCUUGUUCUGGGAGGGGCGAUUCUCGUGAUGUUUCUAUGCCGCAGCUACAUCCGACUUCGACAUCGGCAACGGCUUCGACAAAUCCUACAGAAAGACGACCAGAGAAAAUUCGCAAAGACCAGCUCUUUCAACGCCAAGCUGAAGAAACAUGUUUUGUAUGCGCCGCUGGGUUCCGUCCGCCAUAGUCGUGAGUUUCAACUCAUGGGAAAGCUUCACAUGGGAACGAUUCCUCUACGGCUAGAGACUGCGUUGUUACUCGGGUACAUUGCGCUGAACGUUAUAUUUUUCUUUGUGCUGGUCGACUGGUGGGCGGAAUUCGGAGAGAAGAUGUAUCAGCUCAAGUAUGCAGCAGGCCACUUGGCUGUGAUGAACUCACCAGGGCUGGUGCUAACAGGAGGUCGAAAUAACCCUCUCAUUCCAUUGCUCGGAAUCCCAUUUGAUACGUUUAAUCUGUUUCACCGUUGGGUUGGGAGAUUGAUCGCAGUGGGAGGCGUCCUUCAUAUGAGUUUUGUGCUGGUAGGCAAAGUUCACCAUGCGGGUUAUGAUGAAAUAACAAAGGUUAUCUGGCAUAUGCCAUUUUAUCAGUAUGGUUUGGUGGCGCUCAUCGGAUUCUUGCUCAUAUUCUUCCAAGCCAUGUCACCAAUCCGACACGCAUUCUACGAAGCCUUUCUCCAUCUCCAUAUUCUUCUGGCGGUUAUGUCUUUCGUCGCACUGUGGUAUCAUCUCAAGGGUCUCACGCAGCAACGCGUGCUUCUCGUGACGUUGGUUUUAUGGGGUCUUGAUAGAGUUGCACGAUUUGGAAGUCUCAUCUGGCGAAAUUGUGGCAAGAAACGCACGACAGCCACCGUCGAACUACUUCCCGGAACCGUUGCUCGCGUCGAUGUUGCGGUUGCACGGUCCUGGAAGUUCAAGCCCGGGCAGUACCUUUAUCUAUACAUGCCUUCUCUGGGACUGUGGACCUCACAUCCAUUCUCGGUGGCAUGGACAUCGUCACAAACAGCGGAUGUGGACGAGAAACGCAACUCGAAUGAGUCGUUUAAUACCCUCCUUGAAGGGCAACAGCGAAUAACGAUGUCGUUUCUUAUCAAAGGACGAGACGGAUUUACGAAUAAGCUACUUAACAAAGUCCAGAAAUCCGAAGAUGGAAAGCUCAGCGUAACUGCAUUAGCUGAGGGACCAUUUGGCGGUAUUCAUUCGUUUGAUUCUUAUGGGACUGUUCUGUUGGUUGCUGGGGGAAUUGGCAUCACACAUCCGAUGUCGUAUUUGCAUCAGUUUGUCAGUGGAUUUAGUGCCCGGUCGAUUGCAACUCGGAAAGUCAGCCUGAUUUGGGUUGUUCGUAGCAUUGAUCAUCUCACAUGGAUUCAAUCCUGGAUGGCGUCCAUCCUGAGCCACCCGGCAUUAAAUGUCCCCAAUGAACACAAACAACACUCCUAUUUCCAAUUCCCAGACUUUUCGCUAUCCAUUCAGAUCUACCUCACCAACACCGAGUACAGUAACGACGAGUACAUCACCGCCGAAAGCCCCUGGGCCCAUACCGCCCCGCCCAGCGUCCCUGUCAGCAUCAACUGGGGCAAACCGUGCCUGCGACAGAUCCUGGAAAACGAAAAGACACAACAAGUAGGCGCCAUGGCAGUAAGUGUCUGUGGGCCGGGAGGACUAGGUGAUGAUGUGAGAAAGGCUGUUCGGGAUAGUCAGGGAGAGAAGACUAUUGAUCUUUACGAGGAAUCAUUUUCGUGGUAA